UGAUAUCAGCGUCUUCCCUCUUUAUUCACUCUAUUUUGACUGUCCAUGAUCAAAAAGAUAUCUGCAAAAAAUGAUAAUUGUUUAAUUUUGUUAUUCUUUUCUUGGAGCGUUCAAUAUUUCACAGUAAUCGUGCUCUAAAACCUUCAAACAACUGUUACGAUUAUAAACAAUGUGGUGGGAAAUAUUACCUUCAGCAGCAAUUAUGCUCGUGUGCCUUUCUCUUCCGCACUAUGCAUCUCUUGCAUUUAAUCGAGUAGCUUAUGGCAAUGAUUAUCGAAGAAGAUUAGAAUCUGUGUUCGAAAGAAAUAUGUUUUCAAGAGAUGGAGGACUUACUGGUGCUCCAUGGGUUCUAUCUGGAUUAGAUGCAAUUCCUGAUGAGGAUAAAAAAGAUUAGGUUAUGAUAAAUGUUGAUAAUAAAUAAUCAGUUUUAAUAGGAAUUAAUAAUUUGUAAAUGUAAUUGUAUUGAGAAAGAUGAUUCAGAACAUAAAAUGAAUAAUAAAACAUUGUAAUCAUUAUGAAAAGUCAUUUACAUAAUCUAGAAAGAGGUGUAUAUAAAAUAAUAAAUGCAAUUAUAAUAAUAUCUUAAAAA